AUGAUCGAAGACUUUCUCACAGGGAUGAUGCUCAGCAAGACCUCACUAUUGCUUCUGGGACUAUUCAGUGCAUUCUGCGUAUUCCACAAGUUUCAGGCUUCAGCGCAAAUUGCCCGUCUAGGUGUAAGGGCUCCUAAAAUUGAGUUCCAUCUUCCGUACGCUCUUGACUUCAUCUUCCAAGGCUACCAAGCCAAUCAAGUAAACCGCGACAUGGAAUUCUGGGAUUCAAAAGUUGGGCAUGCAGGUGGCCUAACAAAUGUGAAGACAGCCGAACUCGACGCCGGCAUGAUCAUCACCAAAGACCCAGAGAAUAUCAAGGCACUUCUCACCGGCCAGUUCGCCGACAAUGGUAAGGGCGAGUCCUUCCACCAAGAGUGGAAGGAGUUCCUAGGCGACAGCAGUUUUGUCACAGACGGGGAAUUAUGGUCUCGCUCCCGUCAGCUGAUCCGUCCAAUGUUCGUACGUGACCGCAUCAUCGACACUGAGAUCUUCGAGAAGCAUGUUCAGAAACUCAUCCCGCUUCUCGGCGGCAGUUCCUCACUCAGCAGCAGCAAGAUAGUGGACGUCUGA